AUGUUGUCGGCCUUUACAGCUCGGCCCAUCAUCGAGCUGAAGCAGCGAGACAAGAGCAAGAUCGAAACAAUACUCGCCUACGGCGACCGCAUCCUCGUCGGUCUCAACAGCGGCGCACUGCGCGUCUACCGCCUCAACGAACUCCCUCCCUCCGAGCCCAACGGCUCUGCCCACACCAACCCGCCCGACGGCGACGACGAUGCGUCUCUGACGCCGCAGCCGCCGCAGCCGGCGCCCAAGCCGACCGAUCUGCUGCGCGAGUUGGAGAAGUUCUCGACGCGUGCCAUUGAACAGCUCGCCAUCAUCAAGGAGGCCACGACCCUCGUCUCGCUGUCCAACUACUACAUCUCCCUGCACAACCUGCAGACGUACGAGCUGAUCGAGACGCUGUCGCGCACGAAGAAUGCGUCGUGCUUCGCCGUCACCUCCAACAUUGUCAAGGACCCAGACACUGGCAUCCCCGAGAUCAUCAGUCGGCUGGCCGUGGCUGUUCGGCGGCGGCUGCUGGUAUGGAACUGGCACGAGAGCGAACUGAACGCCGACGUGGAGGAGAUUACGCUCGCCGAGUCCAUCCGGACGGUGACGUGGGUCAGCGCGACAAAGAUCGUCUGCGGCAUGAACGCGGGCUACGUCACCGUCGACGUCGUGAGCCAUGAUGUGCAGGACAUCAUCAGCCCGGGAUCCAGCGCCUCCGGGGGGCAGGCGAGCCGCUUCGGCGCUGUCAGCAGCGCUGGAAUGGGGUACAUGGGCCUGGGCGGCUACAUGCCCAAGCCGCUGGCCGCGAAGCUGGCCGAGGGCGAGAUGCUGCUGGCAAAGGACAUUAAUACGCUCUUCAUCACGGACGAGGGGAAGCCGGUCGAGAAGAGACAGAUUCCGUGGCAGGCAGGGCCGGAUUCGAUUGGAUACUCGUACCCCUACAUCGUGGCGCUGCAGCCACCGGCAAAGGGGUCCCUGGAAGUCAGGAACCCGGAUACGUUGUCGCUGCUACAGACCCUGGCUCUUCCUGGCGCUGCGCAGUUGCAUUUCCCGCCUCCGAAUCUCAGCUUGGCCCACGCCGGCAAGGGCUUCCACAUCUCGAGCGAACGGUCAGUGUGGAAAAUGGAUGCCACCGACUACGACUCGCAGAUUGACGAGCUCGUGGAGAAGGCCAAAUACGAUGAAGCCAUCAGCAUACUGAACAUGCUAGAAGACGCCUUGCUGAAGGACAAGACAGAGACGCUCCGCGAGGUCAGCAUGCUCAAGGCGGAAGCAAUGUUCAAGCAGAAGAAGUUCAGGGACUCGAUGGACCUCUUCAACGAGGACCACGUGCACGCUCCGCCGGAACGCGUUCUGAAGUUGUACCCGCCGGCGAUAUCAGGUGAACUCUCUGGCUGGGGGCAGUCCCGCCAGGACGAGGCAGAAGAAGACAAACAUGACGGUGAUGGCUCGGCAAAAGACACCAACGGGGACUCGCCGAGUUCUGAGAACCCACCAGAGACGGCAGCAUCGCCGGUCAAGGCGACUGGCGGGUUCGCGAAGCUCUUCCUGGGACAUCGCAAGGCUCCAGCGUCAGACACCGCAUCCAUCGCAUCUAAGAAGCUUGGUACGGAUGUAGAGGACGCGCCGAGCAUCAAGGGCAAGUCUUCUGACGAUUUGUCACUUGAGGACAAGGAUCUGGCAGAUGCUGUUCAUGCAUUGACUGGCUAUCUCGUGGGAACCCGGACACGGCUUCAACGCGUCAUCGAUCCGGUCACUACGAAAUUGAAGCGGUCUGACACAAACGGCUCAACAGAAGAGGCCAUCAAGAACCUGAUGCCAACGUCAUCCGACGAGUCGGAUGCGCAGCGCGAAGGCGAGCUUCAGAGGACGUUCAGGCUCGUCGACACAACCCUUUUCCGAGCUUACAUGUACUGGCGGCCCCAGCUAGCAGGUUCCCUGUUUCGCAUUCCCAACCUGUGCGACCCCGAAGUGGUCAACGAGAAGCUACUGGAGCAUAACAGGUUCACGGAGCUGGUCGACUUCUUCUACGGCAAGAAGCUGCACUCACAGGCAUUGGAGCUGCUCAAGCGAUUCGGUGCAGCGGAGAAAGCCGACGAGGCAGCGCCGACAUUGCACGGUCCCGAGCGCACCAUAGCCUACCUGCAGAACUUGCCUCCGCACGAGAUCGACCUGAUUAUUCACUAUUCGGAAUGGACACUGAAACGCGACUCGGAGCAUGCGAUGGAGGUUUUCAUCGCAGACUCCGAGAACGCCGAGACGUUGCCUCGUGACCGUGUUGUCACCUUUUUGAGGAGGAUCGACGCCCAUCUCGAGCUGCAAUACCUCGAGCACAUUAUUGGCGAGCUCGACGACUCGACACCUGACUUCCACAAUCGGCUGGUGGAGCUCUACAUUCAGCUGCUCCGGGAAGGAUCCAGCGAAGGCAGUCAAGACGAUCUCAUGGUGCGGUUUGUGGAGUUUUUGCGGGAAAGCAAGCAGUACAGCCUCGGCAAGGCUUACGGGCUCAUCCCUCGAGACGAUCCUCUCUUCUACGAACCACAAGCGGUUGUACUGAGCAACAUGGGAUCACAUAAACAAGCACUCCAGAUCUAUGUCUUCAAGAUGCAAGAUUAUACCAAGGCAGAGGAAAACGACGAUUCGAGUACAUCGCCGGAACGGUCGCGACCUUCCUCACCCGAGGACAAGGACGAAGACACUCCCUCCAUCUACCACACGCUACUGUCACUCUACCUGACACCACCGGCACCUCACAAGACGGCCCUCGAACCGGCCCUGGAUCUUCUGUCAAAGCACGGCUCACGUCUCCCCGCCACGUCAACCAUGUCACUCAUCCCGAGUACCCUGCCGGUGAGCGAGCUCGAAUCGUACUUCCGCGGCCGUAUCCGCUCGGCCAACAGCGUGGUCAACGAAUCUCGCAUCGUUGCGGGCCUGCGGGCGACGGAGUACAUCUCCAGCCAAGCCCUUCUCUUACUGGGCGACGGCAUCCCUGGCGGACAGGGCGGUCGCAACCGGCGUGUCGUCAUCACCGACGAGCGGCUCUGUGGCGUGUGCCACAAACGCCUCGGCGGCAGCGUCGUGUCGGUGCUGCCAGACAACACGGUGGUCCACUACGGAUGCCUGAACAGGGCGACGGCGCAGAAGUCGGACGGCCAGAAGGCGGGAAGUUGGGGGCGAAUGCGCUCGUCGACGCGAGACCGGCCAAGCGUUGUCGGUAACGGUGGGGAGGGAACCUGGCAGCCGACGAGUCCCUCAACACGGGAGCGAGAGGCGCCUCAGGGUGGCGGCGGUGAAGGCAAAUAUGUGUUCUCCUGA